AUGUUGAGAACGACAGCUUGGGAUACACACGCAAAUAGACAGACACAGACGGUCCAAGAAGUUUAUGGGGCUUUAAUUUCGUUUAUGUGGGUUGGGCUGCCAUUGAUGAGGCUAACCGACAGGUAUUUGUUUCCACUCAGAUUCCUUGAACAAUCUGGAAAAGGUAGUGCAGAAGGUUGCUCCGAGUUCAUAAGUAAUGGGCAUGAAAUCCGGGAAGAAAGUGGGAAUGGUGACAACUGUUCUUGGGUCUCAUGGGGUUGGGCUAAUUAG